AGGAGGAGAAGGAGUUCUAUUAAUGUAAGCAGCUGUUGUGUUGUGUUGUGUUGUGUGGAAUAGUAGGAGGUAGACGAAAAUAGUAGCGGUUGCUAAUAUUAGUGUUUGCGUUAUCAGCAAGGAACGGCCUGUGGCAUUGUGCCCAGUGGACCUCCCCCACUUGCUCUCUCCUCCUCUCGCUUUGGGUUCCUUCUCUGACUCUACUUGGCCUCUGCUUCCUCUCUCUUGUCUUGUGUAGUUGACGACUGCCUUCUGCAACCAAGAUUCUGUCUGUUUUAUCUUCUUCUUCUUCUUCUUCUCCUUCUCCUCCUUUCUCUAUAGAUUUUGGUGAAUCUAGAAUGGGGAAUUGCCAGGCAGUAGAUACGGCGACCUUGGUGAUACAGCAUCCAGGUGGGAAGGUGGAGAGGUAUUAUUGGCCAAUGAGCGCCAGCGAGGUCAUGAGAACAAACCCAGGUCACUAUGUGGCUCUCGUCCUCACCCUCUGCCUCCCUCCCGACUCCUCCCACCAUACCCACAACAAGGACGACAAGCAAAAGGAGAAGGACCAACAACACCACCCCCAGCAGCAGCGCCACACCACCACCACCACAAACAACAACAACGAGGUUCGCAUCACCCGCGUUAAAGUACUCCGACCUACCGAUACUCUCGUUCUUGGCCAAGCUUACCGCCUCGUCACUUCCCAAGAGGUUAUGAAAGGACUAUGGGCGAGGAAGUGUGCAAAGAAGAAGAAGGACAACGCCACCGAAUCAGCUGAUAAGUCACUCAGGCUGAAGCCAAACCAGCACAGUUCCUCGGCAUGUGAGACUGAGUCAAUAAGCACCCACUUGGACAAGCCCAAUCAGGUUCAGGUGGUAAAACAUGAGAGACACCGACCAAGGAUCCCUUCAGCACCAUCAGCUUCAACAAGGUCAAGACCGUGGCGCCCCUCAUUACAGAGCAUCUCCGAGGCCGCGCAAGCUGAACGCUGAUGGAUGAUAUAUCAAAAUCUUUCCUCCCUCCAUCUCAAAUGACUGCGGUCAGCAACCAGAGCAAUGGACUGCCCUCAACCCAAACCUUGGAAAUAAGUACAGUACAUCUGUGUAGGAGGGUAAUGGGUAAGCAUGCCAAGUGAUCCCAAACUCCCACAUCGAAACUGACACAAUUGAGUAAUACAAACCCUUUGUAUAAAGAUGAAGAGCCUUGCCUUGGCAUCCAAAGUUGUAAUCGCUACUUUUACAGAUGAAUUUUAGAUUUGUCUUCA